ACAGGGCAAUGACACUUUUGGGGUUUUUUCUACUUCUGUUGCUCUCACCGUCCCCCAACUACGUUCAUGGUUAUCCUAGGCAUAACCAUCGUCCCCGUCACCUAUCUCUUGGUCCCUGGAUCAAUGCUCAUGCAACUUUCUAUGGAGGUGGCGAUGCUUCAGGAACCAUGGGUGGAGCUUGUGGCUAUGGAAAUCUAUAUAGCCAAGGCUACGGUGUUAACACGGCGGCAUUGAGCACUGCAUUGUUUAACAAUGGCUUGGGCUGUGGUGGAUGUUAUGAGAUCAGAUGCGUUAACGACCCAAAAUGGUGCCUGCCGGGCACCGUCGUGGUCACCGCCACUAACUUUUGCCCUCCUGGUGGCACAGGCUGGUGCAACCCUCCCAACCACCACUUCGAUCUCUCCCAGCCUAUUUUCCUACACAUUGCACAAUACAAAGCUGGUAUUGUCCCUGUGAUGUACAGAAGGGUGAGGUGUAUGAGAAAAGGGGGAAUAAGGUUCACCAUUAAUGGACAUUCCUACUUCAAUUUAGUGCUUGUAACCAACGUCGGAGGUGCCGGUGAUAUUCGUUCUGUAUCUAUUAAAGGCUCAAGGACAAAAUGGCAAUUAAUGUCCAGAAACUGGGGACAGAACUGGCAAAGCAAUACUUACCUUGAUGGACAAAGUCUGUCAUUUGUCGUCACCACUAGUGACGGCCGUAGUGUCGUCUCCUACAAUGUUGCUCCACCCGGUUGGUCCUUCGGACAAACUUACACCGGUCGUCAGUUUAUGGCUUAACUCCCUCCUCCCCCCAAGUUAAAAAAGAAGAGUGCGUCAAGCCAUUGGUUUUUGAAUGGCUUGUUCUGUUUGUAGUUAUAUAUAUAAUUGAGUUUU